AUGCCCCUGCCGCCCGCGGCGCUCACCAGCAGCAUGCUCUAUUUCCAGAUGGUGAUCAUGGCAGGGACGGUGAUGCUGGCGUACUACUUCGAGUACACCGACACGUUCACCGUGAACGUGCAGGGCUUCUUCUGCCACGACAGCGCCUACCGCAAGCCCUACCCGGGCCCGGAGGACAGCAGCGCAGUGCCCCCCGUGCUCCUCUACUCGCUGGCCGCCGGGGUCCCCGUGCUCGUGAUAAUAGUUGGAGAAACUGCAGUGUUUUGUCUACAACUGGCCACACGGGAUUUUGAAAACCAGGAGAAAACUAUUUUAACUGGAGAUUGUUGCUAUAUAAACCCACUGGUGCGGCGAACUGUACGAUUUUUGGGUAUUUAUACAUUUGGGCUAUUUGCUACAGAUAUCUUUGUCAAUGCUGGGCAAGUAGUCACAGGGAAUCUGGCUCCACAUUUUCUUGCCCUGUGUAAGCCCAACUAUACAGCGCUUGGAUGUCAGCAGUAUACACAGUUCAUCAGUGGGGAAGAGGCCUGCACGGGCAACCCAGAUCUCAUCAUGAGAGCAAGGAAGACGUUUCCAUCCAAAGAAGCGGCUCUCAGUGUCUAUGCAGCUAUGUAUCUGACAAUGUACAUUACCAACACAAUCAAAGCCAAAGGAACAAGACUUGCUAAGCCCGUUUUAUGUUUGGGCUUAAUGUGUUUGGCCUUUCUUACUGGACUCAACAGAGUAGCAGAAUAUCGAAAUCAUUGGUCAGAUGUGAUAGCAGGCUUUCUGGUUGGAAUAUCUAUAGCAGUAUUUCUGGUUGUGUGUGUGGUAAAUAAUUUCAAAGGAAGACAACCAGAAAAUGAACAUAUACACACGGAUAAUCUGGCACAGAUGCCAAUGAUCAGCAUUCCUCGAGUAGAAAGUCCUUUGGAAAAGGUAACAUCUGUACACGUGAUUCAUAAUUUAAAUUCUCCAAUGUGA